UCGAGCUCUAGCCUCUAGGUAGCCAUACCCAAUAUUCCCAAUCAAUGGAAAAACUCGAGCUUUCUCUGCUGCCAGCCUCAUCAUAUUCGCAUCAAAUGAAAAGCUCCGGCCAGUUCUCAAAGGGCUCUAGUAGUAUUAGUAGUAGUACUAUGACUCCUCGUAGAAUAGUGGUGGCAGUGAUCUAUUUUAUAACCCUCGCCCUGUGGGGCUUGAGCAUCACGUAUCUGUCCCCGGCGGUGCCACAACUACCCCCGCCGCCGCCCCCGUGGCGCCACCAUGCCUUUCUCAACUUCCGGGGGCUCGACGUUCGCCACGCCUUCUCCGACCACCUCUACUCGGCGCUGAGACGGAGUGGCGUGAGGGCGUACCGUGACGACAAGGACAUGCCUCGCGGCGCCAACAUCACCGAGGAACUCCUCAAAGCGAUUGAAGGUUCGAUGAUCUCCGUCGUGCUUCUGUCCAGCAACUACGCUUCCUCGUCGUCAUGUCUCGAUGAGCUGGUCACCAUCAUGCGGUGCCGCCACAAGAUGGCCCACCUCCCGCUGCCGGUUUUCUACCUGGUGUCGCCGGAGGAUGUGCAAGACCAGUCUGGUCCGUUCAAGCGCGACUUCGACAAACACAAGGACCAGUAUACUUACAACAGAGUCGACAGCUGGAUCAGGUCAAUGCAAGAUGUUGCUGAUUUGGCAGGAUGGGAGCUCAAGCGUCAUAGUUCUGAAGCAGAGACGGUAGAAAGAAUUGUGAACCAGGUAGUAGAAGCAAUACAUUCAUCAACAAAGGAGAAGAAGCAUCCACCGGCAAAGAAUCACGUUGCGGCGCCGGCAGCAUCACCACCUGCAGGUGGAAAGGUCGACGCCGCCAGUAUGCGGAGGCUACUGAACACCGAAUUUGUCCGGGAGCUAGAGAUAAAAAGAGCAGCAGUGUGUCGGUCUACCACACUGGAGAAGGCUUAUUAUUCCCGACGUUAGUUACGAGCCACUGAUGGACGGGGGCGACGCCAGGAUUCUCAUACCCGGGGACCAAUUUAUGUUGAGACUUGAAUCUUGUUGGAGGAGUUGGUAUGGUGGUCGAGUGGGAUACUAACAUGUAUUGGGAAAUUGGCUAGAUCUACGGUUUGAUCUGGUAAAUCGCAAUCUAAACCAUACCAGAUAAGAGAUCAAAACUUCAUAUAAUACAGAUCAUGGACUAGACCGGAUCAAACUGUGCAGUUUGAUUUGGUCCACAGUUUUUUAAACGGUCUGGGCUAUUUUCACAGCCCUUGCCCUGCUGAUGGAUGCGAGCGAACCAAUUUUAAGUAGUUCUUGAAAUAAUAAUUUGUGUACUAUUAAAUGGUAAACGCUUUGUGGCGACUAAUAUUUUCUAUAAUAAAUUGUGAAAUUCUAA